AUGGAGCUGUCUUAUGCGCGGCGAUGCCGCAGGCGAGUGGCCCGUUGGAUCCCGGUGGUCUUUAUCACACUGGGAGCGUGCUGGGGCUACUACGCCUAUGUGUUUGGGCUGUGUAUAGCCACAGUCACAUCACACACUGAAAGAGUCAUCUACUUGGUGUUCUUUCACCCGCUCUUUGUAAUGUCUCUGGUCUCCUAUUGGACAACGUUAUGUACAAGACCAGUAAAACCACCCAAAGAGUUUUGUUUAUCGGAGGCUGACAAGGAGCUGUACAAGGAGCAGGAGACGCAGGAAGACAAGCAGCGUGUUCUCAGGGAAGCUGCUAGACACUUGCCCAUCAGCACCAUCCCAGAGAUCAGAUACUGUGAGAGAUGUCAGCUGCUGAAGCCGGAUCGGUGCCACCACUGUUCUACCUGUGAUGUGUGUGUGCUGAAGCAGGAUCAUCACUGCCUGGCGCUGAAUAACUGCGUGGGAUAUUCCAAUUACAAGUCCUUCCUGCUGCUGAUCAUGUACUCCUUGCUGUCCUGCCUUUUCGUUUCUGGGACGACUCUCCGCUUCUUCAUUCUAACGUGGACGGAUGAGCCCCAGGUCACUGAAAGAACUAGUGACAUCCGCGUCCUGUUCUGUCUAUCUACAGCGUUUUCCAUCUUAUUGCUGAUGUUGUUCAUCUGUCACUGCUGUCUCUUAGUGAGGAACAGGACGACGAUAGAAUUCCGCUAUGGAGAUGCCUCCUCUGGAGGAGAUGGCCGUCCUCUUGGAUUCAAGAACUUCCAAGAUGUAUUUGGGCAAGAAAAGAGAUAUUGGCUACUACCUGUAGACACAAGCCAGGGAGACGGAUAUUCUCGGCCAUCUCUCCCUGAUGAUCCAGAGAAAUAUGCAGAGUAGAGCUGGCCUCACCUCUCUGGAGCUGCUGCACCUGGUCUCUCCCUACAUAGAGAAGGAUGACACCUACCUACAGAGAUCCACACCUG